AUGGACCCUGAAGAUUUGAAUGCACGGUCCAAGAUCCUCCAGACCACCCUCGCCGAGAUCUCUUCUCGACAAGAACCCACAAAUGCGGAAGAGAGCUGCUGCGUCAUCUGCCUCGAGCGCAUCUCAGAGCAAGCUGCCGCUCAGCCGUGCAAGCACGACAGCUUCGACUUCUUAUGCCUGAUAAGUUGGCUAGAAGAGCAGCCGUCUUGUCCGCUAUGCAAAGCCGAAGUCAAGACUGUUCGAUACGAGAUCAACGACGAUCAAACGUUCAAGACUUAUGAUGUCCCCGCUCCGAAGAGUACAACACAGCCUGCGUCGAAUGCUUCGAGAUUGCAGCACUUCGACCAUCGAGGGAGAAGGCCAUUUCGCCCAAGAAGAGAACAUGAAGCAAGACCUCUGGUAACAGCAGACGAAGCCCUCCUCCGCCGCAGACAUAUCUACAGGAACAAACUCUACUCUUUACACGUUGGAACAAACCGAGUCUCUCGGUUUAGAGAUCUGACGCCUGCGCUCUUCACUAGCGACACCGAACUCGUUUCCCGAGCGCGCAAAUGGAUACGUCGAGAGCUUCAAGUCUUUGAGUUUUUAAAUCCUGAUAAUGCGUCCGGAUCGGACAGGCGGGCGAAUAACGUCGAGUUUCUGCUGGAGUAUAUUGUGGCGAUAUUGAAGACGGUGGAUAUUCAAGGGAGUGGUGGCCAGGCAGAAGAGAUGCUGAAGGACUUUCUGGGGAGGGAGAAUACAGUCUUGUUCUUGCAUGAGUUGAGGGCUUGGUUGAGAAGUCCGUAUGUGAACUUGGAGGACUGGGAUAGGCAUGUGCAAUAUGGCGAGCCUGAGGUGAGGAAAGGAGAGUCUAGUACUCAUACCGAAUCUACCCCGGAACGGCGGAGAGUGCCCAGCCAUCGUGGAGCAUAUAGAGGAAGGGAACGACGAUCACAUUCGACGCCGCGAGGUGGACACCGAUAUUCGCCAUAUCAUCGAGGCCAACGGAGAGCUGAUGGAUGA